UUCCUGUUAGUUAUCCUACUAUUCAAGAUCAACAAGAUGAUGAACUAGAACAAGUUUUAGACGAUUAUGAGAAAAAAGAACUUAGCGAAAUUGAAGCAUAUAUAGCAAAUAGUCAAGAAGAAUAUGAGGAGGAAACUGACCUUCUACCUCUCGACUACAAUCCCUGGAAUGAAGAAAAUCCUGAAGUUGAAGAAUCAGAGAAUAAAUGGCAUACCAACUCUAUUAAAGAUAAUGAAGAAAUAUGA